CACCUACACUUAACUGAAUUAGUUCUUGCCUCUGUAAAACCAUUAGUAAAUAAAAGACUUUUCUUACGCUACACUACAGUGUUCUGUUCAAGUAUAACUUUCUGAACUCAAUCAUAAAUCAUUUAUUUGCUAAGACACAGGCUCUCAGUCCACACAUUCAAUUCAGUUUUAUUUGCAUAGUGCUUUUUUACAGAGGACGCUCACAAAGACUCUUUGGAUUCACAUCCCAACCUGUCAUACCUGUUUGUGUUCAGUUCCUUAUCCAUGUAUCUCAUUCACAGGUCAGAUAUGCUGUAAGCAAACCUGGUCCCUGCUCUGUCUAAGCUUAAUAACAAGAGUCUGACGGAUGACUGAAAGUCUGAGCCUGAAUAUUCUAAAUAACAAAACACCAAGUGCCUCCAGCACACGGUCACCUGCAUUCAUUAGACCUGAUUAAUUAAAACUAAUGAAAAGGAAUCCUGUGAUGUAGUUGCAGGUUUGGAUGGAGCAAAAAGCAAGGACCAUCUCAAUGCCUCGAGGACCAAGCUUAGGGUUGACAGAUGACACGGAUUUGGGUGCCCGCGUGCAAUCUGAUAUAGUGAUAUAUCCGUGGAAUCACGUGUCACUUGAAGUGAAAGUAAGAGACUGUGUGUUCAUAGUCAAAAUCAAAACAAACACGGAUGGAUUCUACGUGACGGAAUAUGGCAAUUUAGUGUAAUCGUAGCGCUUCGUCGACACAAGCGGGUGCGAGUAGCCAUCGCCUGCGUUCCACUUUCACACCGAAAUCAGAAGGGUGCGCUGUCAGAGCAACAAGAGGCUGAGUAGCCAGGUAGGCACCAGAAAUCAAUAUGACAACUAAUGUGAUAGUCCAACAGCCACCAGCGGUGCAAGUUGGGAUGGUGCAGUCAAAUCAGUGGAGCACAGGAAUCUGUGACUGCUGCGAUGACCUGUCUAGCUGUUGCCUUGGGUUGUGGUGCUUCCCCUGUUUAGCCUGCAAGACGACUUCGGAAUUCGGGGAAUGCGCCUGUCUCCCCCUGGUGGACACACUGUCCCCCUGCGUGCCCCCCGUUUCCUUUGCCAUGAGGGCCGGGGUGCGCAACAGAUACGGAAUCCAGGGAGACAUGUGUUCAGACUGCCUCUACGCCGCGUUCUGCAACGUCUGCUCCUGGUGCCAGAUUGCCCGGGAGAUCAAGCGACGCAAACAGACCCUCGUCUUCGUCAACGUCCAGCCCGCGCCCGUUGCCAUCGCACCCGUAGUCAUGCCGUCCCAUGUAGUCACCCCUGUUCUCACUACCUAGCCUCCCUACUCCCCCCACACCACGGUGUACGCAUUCGACAAUAGUGGACACAAGGAUCACCUGAUCGAUCACGUGACUGACCCCCAAAUGGCUUUGCUAAUAUCCCCUCAAUUCUGCAUGCACCGUCAAGUAUAUUAUGAGUGCGCUAAAAUAUAUCACCUGGGUCUAUUUACUAUGAAUCAUUAAUUCUUAAGACAUACAGUACCUGGACACAUGAAGUAUACAUAGAAGUUGUUUCAGACCCUCGAACUAGAGUACAUUGGCUCAAUAUUUAUUCUAUCCGAUCAACCUUUUCUACAAUCAGUGCGCUCAACCCACAGGCAGCCAAUGGGAAGCCUACUUGGACCACAGAGUUAAUGUUAUGUAGAACGUUUGUCACCAUAGAACUAGAUUUGCUGAUGGCCCAGAAUAUAAGAAUGUGUUUUGUGUGAAAGGUGUCGCGGAAAGUACAGCACUGCUGCAGCUGCAUCAGCCGCUGAUGUCCUUGUAAUGUAAUAUUUAUAUCUGCUGUAGUUUCCUGCUUUCAGUUCCUGUUCUCAGGGGGGAAUAAAAUUAACCAUCUUCGCUUC